AGGUGCUUCACUGUUUUUCCACGCCUUUCACGUACGGAAGUAGAAGCAGAACCACAGGCAGGGAGAGAGAGAAAGGGAUCGAGGCUUCGAAAGAUCUCUGGUUAUUUCUUUGAGCGAAAAAAAGAAAGGAAAAAAAAAACUCCGAGAUCCGUACGGUGUCGUUUCAGAUCCACUCUUCACCAUGUCUUCUACCUUCAGCGGCGAUGAGACUGCACCUUUCUUCGGCUUCAUCGGAGCCGCCGCAGCCCUUGUUUUCUCCUGUAUGGGAGCUGCCUAUGGUACAGCAAAGAGUGGUGUUGGUGUGGCUUCUAUGGGGGUGAUGAGGCCUGAGUUGGUGAUGAAGUCCAUUGUUCCAGUUGUUAUGGCUGGAGUCUUGGGUAUUUAUGGCCUUAUUGUUGCUGUUAUCAUCAGUACUGGUAUUAACCCUAAAGCAAAAUCAUAUUACCUUUUUGAUGGCUAUGCACAUCUCUCUUCUGGGCUUGCUUGUGGUCUUGCUGGGCUUGCGGCUGGAAUGGCAAUUGGUAUAGUUGGCGAUGCUGGUGUCAGAGCUAACGCACAGCAGCCAAAACUUUUUGUUGGAAUGAUCCUGAUUCUCAUCUUUGCUGAAGCUCUUGCCCUCUAUGGGCUUAUUGUUGGCAUUAUAUUGUCUUCCCGUGCUGGCCAGUCUAGAGCUGACUGAGGAGAGCUGUGCUGCCCAAGAUUCUUUUUUUCACUUAUUAUGUUACAUCAGGAGGGAAUAUAUUUUUUUAGCUGUUCUUCAGUUAAUGGUGGUUGAUCAGUGCUCAUAGUGUUCUUGAAAAUUAUAAUUGUGGAAGUGAUUGCUCAGCCCCAGUUGUUUGAUGGUGUUUUAUUUAUAGAAGUAGGAUUGAGUUUCUUGACCAAAUAAAUGCUUUUGGAGCUGUACCUGUUUGGUUUUAUCUGUUUGUGUACUUUUUGAUGAGAACUGUUUGAACUGGUGUAGAAUGUGUAAUUCUUGAACUAGUGCAUGUACGAUUUUAUUAUCUUUCAAA